GCUGGUGGUGGCCCGCGAGGGUCAUUUCUAGCGCGGGGGAAGGCGGGCCCGCUUAGUUCGCGUUAACCGCCGGCUUGCGGAUCUGCAAAGCACAGAAACCGGAUGACACCACGGGUCUGGGAAAGUGUGACGAGCUCCGCGUUGGGACCACUCGCUGUGUCCAGGGAACUGAGGGACCCCAGGAGAUCUGACAAGAUCAAAGCUGCAGGAGAAUGGACAGUGAGGUACAGAGAGAUGGAAGGAUCUUGGAUUUGAUUGACGAUGCUUGGCGAGAAGACAAGCUGCCAUAUGAGGAUGUUGCAAUACCACUGAAUGAGCUUCCUGAACCUGAACAGGACAACGGUGGAACCACAGAAUCUGUUAAAGAACAAGAAAUGAAGUGGACUGACUUGGCCUUACAGUAUCUCCAUGAGAAUGUUCCCCCUAUAGGAAACUAACACCUGGCUCCUUUUUCCUGUACAUAUUUUUGAAAAAUAUACAGAUACAAAAUGUUUU